GCCGCCCACCCGUACGGACACCUCCGGUGGCUGAACGCCCUGAAGUCGCCCCGCAUUUUGGCCUCUAAUCUCCCGCUGGCUUUGAUGCCCGACUCCGUCAAAACUCCCGUUUGCAAAAUAAUAUAUGUGUUGCGUAACCCAAAGGACCAGUCGGUGUCGUACUACUACCAGCACCGGGUGAAAGGCAUACUGUCCUCGUUUGACGACUUCAUAUCCCUCUAUAUGUGCGGACACUUACUAUACGGCGAUUACUUCUCACACGUUAUAGACUAUUGGCGAUUGUCUCGCAUGUGUCCGCACAAUGUCUUUGUGCUCACGUUUGAAGAGUUAAAACUCGAAACACAACCUAUGGCUAAACUUAUGGCCGAUUUCUUAGGCUUAGCCAACGUUACGGCCGAAGACGUGGACAGCAUAUGUCAGACAACAAAACGCGGGCCACAAGUAGUGAUCGAUAUGUAUAAAACAGUGGACACCGAUGAUGAUGAGAGUGGCAUAAAGCACCAUGGCACUAAGUUUGAUGGUGUGAUAGGAGAUUGGCUUAACUAUUACUCGCCUGAACAGAGCCGACAGAUGGAUGAGCUGAUCCGCCAGCGUCUGGACAGACACGGCCUGAGUCUGUGUUGCGAUUCAACCGAAGCGGUCAAACGGUUGGCCAAAUUUGGGCGCAUUUUGUUGGACACGAGUCCUCCGAAACCCGCGGCCACCGAUUUUCAGACCAAAAGUAAUGGCAAUGCGAUGGCAAGCAAUAGUGUGGCCGGCAGUACCGGUGCUGACACUACUGAUGUUGAUAGUGAUAUCAAGAAGAGACCAAAACUGGCCAAAGAAGAGUUUAUACUACUGAGGAAUAAGAGUUGGAUUCCCAUUGAUGUCUAUUCAAUAGAGUCUGAGUCUGAGAGCACCGGCUGUUGGACUCUUGUUACUAUAAAUACAAUGUUGAAAAACAAAAUCACCAUUAUAUUUCUCGGCGUUUUAAUUGUGACCAUCAGCGAAUCCAUGGCUCAAAAAGAUCAAAGUAUUAACAUAGAUCUUGGAAAGAUAUUCCGGUUGGGAUUAAACACUGGAAAGGGUGGCACAAAACUGGGCAUAGAUGUGCUCAACGGGUUGGUCAAUGUGGGCGUCGAUCGGACCAAAUAUAACAGUGUGGACACCAAUAGUGGUUACAAUAAUUACGAUCACAUCAACGCCGACGACAAUAGUUAA